GGUUGCAGCGUUCUCUUUUGCGCGAUGCGAUUUGCAGUGGGGCAAGAAUCUUAAGAUAAUACUUUUUAACAUUCAACACUCAACUGCAAGAGUGAAGAGCACCUUUUCCCUUCGUAUCCCCACUAGGGAAUUGGUAGUCAAGAUGCGCUCAACGCAGUCUGGACGUAUAGUAAAGUCCCGAAAGGGAGGAGGGACUCCUCAUCAGAAAAACCACCGUUGGGAAUCUUUCACGACAAAGAUCUCGAAGCUACAUUCUCUCGAUCCUCUUCGAAGAGUACGACGACAUGACCUCGAAACAGAAGACCUCGAAACUACCACCUCAUACUUUCGAAAUGGCAUGGAAAAAUGGGCUGAUAUUAAUAUAUCUAAAGCUUUUACCUCCUUCCGGCGAGAUGUGCGACCAUUCUGCGACAGUCUACCUCAGAUUCUACAUUUUGAGGACAAGAUCGUGGAGUUAUUGGCAAAAUACAUAUCAAUGCACGAUCCUGAGUCCCUCGAACCUCUUUUAGAUUUACUUACAGCCUUAGCGCAUGACUUGGGCACUCGUUUCGAAAAGCAUUACCCAACUGCUUUGUCUCUAAUCACUGGUAUCGCAAGUCGACCCCAGGACGCAGCCGUUACAGAAUGGUCAUUUGGCUGCUUAGCCUUUCUUUUCAAAUACCUGUCAAAACUCCUAGUACCAGAUAUCCGACCAACAUUUGACGCCUUAGCGCCACUGCUGGGCAAAGCUCGAAAUCCUCCUCAUAUUGCUCGUUUCGCCGCCGAAGCGCUAAGCUUUCUCGUCAAGAAAGCUGCUGCGCCCGUAAACCGAGAGAAAGCCUUACCCCUACUCGUUGAACAUGCUAGAUUAGAUCUCGAAGCUGCUAGAGAUAGUCGGCAAUUCGGGCUGUAUCACCAUGGACUUAUGACCAUGUUUGCGGAGGCUAUCAAAGGCCAAGGGCACACCAUUCAUACGAACGGACCCGAGAUCAUAAGGUCGCUCAUCAUAUCUGUUCCAAAUAACGAAUGCCUUUCUUUAGAUCCAGUUACAUGGACUGAUCUUGUUUGCGGUGUACUUGUUAGCAUUGUUCAUCAUACGACUAGCGAAACGUUCGAAUCUAUCCCACAACUAGUAGCAGAUAUAUCAGCUCAGGACCAAGAAAGGGUUAACUACCCGUUGCGUAAUUGCCUAUACGUUCGGAUUAUGGGGACGAUAUCCGGUGUUCGAAAAGGUAGCCGCAUAAAAGACUGGUCGAUCGUCCUCAACUGCUUGUUGGAGUCUCUCAAGGCGCUCUCGAAAGCGGCAAACGAGGUUGAGGGUUUUGAUUUAUCUGCUAUAUGGCAGCAGCUUAUGGUAAAUAUAGCUAUCAUUUGGCAACAGGCUAAGAUGGACUCUAUUAUUCCAUGCAUUAACGAUUUCACCAACGUUAUGACUCGGGAGCCCCUGAUGAGAUGGUUUAUACCAUUUUGUUCCUACUUUUCCGAUCUCGAUUCCACUAGGUUCCGUAGCCUCCUACUGAAGCCAUUCCAAAAGUUUAUUGUGACACAUUGGUCUGAGGGUUCUAAUGAGGAAAUGCUAUGCAUCCUCUUACCUCGAAUGGUAGAAUCGCAUGCUCUGCCCUCCGUCACAGAACCCGAGAGCUUUUCUCUCCCACAAUCCUGGCAAGAUCAGAUCGUCACUAAGUUCGAACGUCUAGAGAUUUCCCCGUUCCCUGAGCAAGGGAAUUCAAGUGGAUAUGACAAAGAUCCGAAAACAUGGCGGGACAAGUGCCUACCUAAAUACUCAGCUCUUCUUCGAGUACUAGAGGCGACCGCUGUUCGGCCUUCUACAAACGGCCCUAUCGCAGAGCUGCUGCUUAGAAAACUCAAGCUCGCGCUGAAGCCCUCUCAGUCUUUAGCGAGUGAGGAAGCCCAUUUUAUCGUCAGCCAGGGAUUUUCUGCGUAUCUGCGGAUGAGCAAAGCGACUGGGCAAAUCGAUAGAUCUCUUGAACCCUUGCUCAAAGCAGCUACUCCCCGGUACCGGCAACUUACUGGAUUCCUGGAAGCCAUGAUCACUUACGAAGACCUCCUUGACCAUAAGAAGAGCUCUCCGCCUCAGAGUGAAAGUGGUUCUAAUAGCGAGAGCGACGAAGAUCCGUUCAUGAAAAGCCUUGUUGAAAAUCUAUCCAGCCCAUCGCAUCAACACCGGCUAGUAUCUUUGCAGUUGCUCAGUCGUCUUGGUGCGGCCUCGGAUGAACUAGACUCGUUGGCAACUAUGAUUCAGAUAGAGCAAACGCCACAAGACUUCCAGAAUGUUCGUCUAAUUUCUGUCCAUAUUCGGAAACUAGCGGCGAGCUAUUCUCAGCUCAGUGAAGGCUCGUGGCUUCGACAAGCAAUCCCAAAAUUUCUCUUCGGUCAGAUGACAGUGCGUCUGACCCCAGUUUGUGAUUCUGCGGUAGAAGCGUUGCAGCAGAUUAGCGAAGUGAAAUCCGGCGAAGAUGUUAUAUGCGAUAUUGGGUUUAACUGGAUUGAAUGCCCAUCUAAGCGAUGGGAAGGUCCACAGAAGGAAGCGGUAGCUUCAUCAAAUACUGGUCUUACAGAUUUUGAGUGCUGGAAUCUGUCUAACCUCCACAAGCAGGCUGAAGAGGCUGAGCGCGUAUUAAAAUGUUAUUCUGAAAUAAUGUUGGAACAUUUUGAAGGCAACCAGAGUCUUGCGGACGAGAUGCCUUCCAACGCAAGGUCUCAAGCACUCAAAGUCUUCUCAGCUACUCCCGGCAUGGUGGAGAAAAGAUCUCGAAUGCUAGUGCCCUACCUACUGUCGUGGACAAGGGAGAGCGAGGAACGAGACGACGAUGAGAUGGAACCAUCUGAACAAAUUUCUGGUGGAUCCUGGUCUCUCUUCGACAAGAAAGCUCUCUUAGGCGUAUUUGGCCAAUUUGCAAACCCCAAGGUGUUAUACCAGAGUCAGCAGGUUUACGAUGCACUUCUUGGUCUCAUGGCGAAUGGUGAUGUCGAAGUCCAGAAGUCUGCUCUCAAGGCAAUUUUGACUUGGAAGCAGGAGGGCAUUAAACCUUACCAAGAGAACCUGGAAUAUCUUCUUGAUGAAGCUAGGUUUAAAAAUGAACUGACCGUUUUAUUUCAAGGAGAACAGCAGAUUCGACCAGAGCAUCGCUCUGACCUCAUGCCAGUUCUACUCAGGCUGCUUUAUGGAAGGUCAAUUUCAAAGAAGGGAGCCGCAAGUGGACGUCACGGUCUCCACGCCACUAGGCUAGCUGUUCUAAGACAGCUGAGCCUAGAAGAUAUGGGAGGAUUCCUCGAUAUUGCCCUUGGUGGUCUUCGCGGGAUUAGAGUCAUCGAAGAUACUCAGCUGCGCGAAAAGAUAUUUGAUGAUGAAAUAUUGACUGUGCGGAAGCAAGUCGGAUUUCUCAAUAUGAUGGAAGCUAUAAUCAAUGAGAUGGGCACUGGCGUUCUCUCCUUCGCCGACAAAAUCCUCAACGCAGUACUCUACUGUCUCAUACUCUCCUCACGAAGGCUAAAUCAAAGCAGCGACGAGAUGGAAGAAGAUCUCCCUACACAUAAUUCUCUUCUUCGAGUUGUCAGGAGUACAUCUCUAAAGUGUCUGGUUGCUUUACUUCGGAAUGCCCCUAGCUUCGACUGGACACCUUAUAAAGAUCUGUUUGUUAAAGAGGUUGUAAGUCCGCGUCUAGAGAAACUUCCAACCGAAACAACCCAAGGCGUGUCUGGAACACUUCAAUUCCUCGCGACAUUAUCACAACUUCCAAAGACGGCUAUAUUUUUCGCUAUUGACAACCGCAUCGUUGGAAAAUUGAUGGAAUGCCUCAAGCUUGAAAAAACAAAAGACGAGGUCAAGAUUUUUGCACUGAGCAUUGUGCGCAAUCUAGUCGGAAUUUCUCAGCAAUCAGCUGCAGAGUCUGAAUUCAACGAGCUGGUCCAAGAAGAAAUUUUAGACCCCAAUGUUAACGUCAUACUAGAAAGUGUUGGUGUGGCCCUGACAUAUAAAGGGGAGGUGAGCCGAGAUCUACUUAUGGCAUGUAUCGAGUGCGUGGUAGAAUUAUCCCCAAUCGUUCAAAAGUCGGCUCAUGUCAUAAAUCUUGUCAACAUUUCGGUCUCCCUUCUCAAUCAACCGUCAAGACGUGUCAAUCCCAAAGCUAAAGGACUGGUUCUUUCUAUGCUUCAAAAUUUCGUUAAGCUCGCAGGGGCCGACUUUCACGCGGACUUGAAAGAUCAGAUUUAUUCAACGAUAGCAUCCCUCUAUGGCUUUUUUAGGGACCGUGUCAACCGACAGGCGCUAUCAAAUGUGAUGGCAGUAUUAUACCCGGAUGAUCCGUUAUCUCUUGAAGUAUCUUCACUUUGUGCAGAUCUGAAUUCUUACGACAGCAGGCGUAUCGACGAGCCUGAUUAUGAAAAAAGACUGGCAGCUUUCAAUGCCAUUUUACGCCCGAGAGAUAUACCUUACACGCCACGAGACUGGGAGCCGUUAAUACAUAAUAUGACCUUUUAUAUAAAACAUGACGAGGAGUAUGGCAUUUUAUCCGCGAACUCUGCCGACGGCCUAUGUAAAUUCAUAGAAGCUGCUGCGUGCUCGAAAGGUGAAGAGCAGGCUAAGUUCCACAGUAUGCUGUCAAAUAUCUUGAUUCCGGCUUUGUACUCCAAUGCGCGAGAAUCUUCGGAGACCGUGAGACGAGAGACCGUGAAGGUAUUUGGAGUUUUGGUAUCGCGGAUGUCCUCUUGGCCUUCUGUUGCUGACCUUGUAGCAAUUAACCCCGAACCGGAUGAGGGCGACCCGGACCCAAGCUUCUUCAACAAUAUCCUGAGUCCGGCAGCGGCACGGCAAAUGCGGGCAUUACAGAUGCUAUCCAAGGCCAGCCAACAUGCGUCUUUAAGCAGCAAACAUUUGACUCACUUUUUCAUACCUCUUCUCGAGCAUUUUAUUUUCAAUCGAGAGGAGGGGAGUGAUGACCAUGGUGUGGGAGCUCAAGCAGCCACAACAAUUGCCGAUAUAGCCUCGUCUCUAGAGUGGCCACAGUAUCGUGCCGUCCUUCGCAGAUACAUCAGCUACAUAGAGUCAAAACCCGAGCUUCAGAAACAGCUGGUUAGACUUCUCGGUAAAUUUGUGGACACCCUCGCAACAGUAGCAUCGGGAAGGAAUCAAGAUGAGAUGGAAAUUGAUUCUAUAGCUAACGUGGAAAGGUCAAGGAAUUGCAAGUUGGCAGUCACAAUGCCGGCGCAGGAGAAGCUUAACGAAGACAUCAUGACCAACGUCCUGCCACCUCUCCUUGAGUACAUCCACGAGAAGGACGAAACCACGGUUAGCUCUCGUGUUCCUGUCGGGAUCAUUAUUGUAAAGAUUCUGAAAUUUUUGCCGAGCGAGUCACUCAACCAAAAACUACCAGGAGUCCUUACAGACAUUUGCCAUAUUUUGCGCAGUAAAGCUUGGGAGUCUAGAGAAAUGGCACGAAGUACGCUAGCAACCAUGACAUCGCUGCUAGGCUCGUCUUACUUUGGAUUUGUGCUCAAAGAGCUAAGGGGCGCUCUGACGAAGGGAUACCAGCUACACGUUCUAUCGUAUACAAUGCAUACCAUCCUGGUUCAUGUGACGCCUCAGUUCCAGGCGGGGGACCUUGAUUACUGCCUCGAUAAGAUCGUCAGUGUCAUAAUGGACGAUAUAUUUGGUGUCGUAGGACAAGAGAAGGAUGCAGAGGAAUACGUGAGCAAAAUGAAAGAGGUUAAGAGUAGCAAAAGCCAGGACUCGAUGGAACUCAUUGCACGAACUGCUUCUAUUAACCACCUAGUCGAGCUUGUUCACCCUCUCCAGUCUCUUUUACUUGAAAAACUCGACCUUCGCAUGGUACGAAAGAUCGACGACUUGCUAUCGAGGAUAGCUUCUGGUUUACUGAGUAAUUCUGCUGCUAAUAGCCGGGAUACCUUGGUAUUCUGUUAUGAGGUCAUCCAAAAGGUAUACGAAAGUGAAAAACCACGGCCGGAAUCGAAGAUGGAUCCAAAGCUUAGACGGUAUCUGAUUCAAAAAGGCGCCAAGAAAAGUGGUGGUCGCAGCACAACUAGCAAGUAUACGUACAAACUAGUUAGGUUUGCUGUUGACGUUCUGCGGUCCGUCCUAAAGAAACACGAUGAAAUUCGUAACGCAGCCAACAUUACGGGAUUUAUACCAAUAUUUGGUGAUGCUCUCGUUGGAGGCGAAGAAGAAGUUAAGAUAGCGACUUUCAAGCUUCUAACCGUUCUUGUCAAAGUUCCGUUCAAGACCGAUGAUUCUACGAAGCUGUAUAAAGUAGCCUCGAAAGAGGCUUUGAAAUGCAUCUCGGGGUCUAUUUCUACUGCGACGGAUCUCGCGCAGAGUGCUUUGAAGCUCAUGUCGGUCAUCAUCAGAGACCGCCGUGAUGUUCUUGUCAAGGAUGCAGCUGUUGAUAUGCUCCUUGGGAAGGUUAAGGACGACCUAACAGAACCUCUCUAUCGUCACGUCACAUUCAACUUUUUGCGAUCGGUGCUUGAUCGAAAAGUUGAGACUGCUACAGUCUAUGAUACCUUGGACUAUGUCGGAGGUGUUAUGAUCACAAAUGACGACAAAGAUACACGAGAUCUUGCCCGGGGAGCAUUUUUCCAGUUUCUUCGUGACUACCCUCAAAAGAAGAAUAGAUGGGCUAAGCAACUUAGCUUCGUUGUGGCAAAUCUGAAAUAUGAGAGGGAAGGUGGCCGUCUCUCUGUCAUGGAAAUUGUUCAUCUCUUAUUGAUGAAAUCCGCCGAUGACUUCGUACAGGAAAUCGCGACAACUUGUUUUAUCCCUCUAGUCUUCGUCCUGGUUAACGACGAUAGCGAAAAGUGUCGUUUGGCAGCAGGGGAAUUGCUCAAAGAGAUCUUCCGAAAGGCGGAUAAAGAGCGAACGUCGAAAUUCCUAUCGUUAAUGCGGUCUUGGAUAGGACAGGACGACAACUCUUCGGUCUUGCAACUAGCUAUACAAGCAUUUGCACUAUAUUUCGAAGCUAGGGAACCCGCAGCCAAGGAUCGGAAAGACUUGGAGCUGUUGCUUGAGACAUCGGCUAAUGUUUUGGACGAUUAUUCAACAUUCGCGAAAGAGUCCGAUCUGAUUGAUACGAUUCUACGAACAGUUCCAAUUCUCAUAGAGAAACAUGCAGCGACAGCAUUGGCGCAUGAGAAGUUAUGGCAGUCUAUCCCGAAACCCCUUUCACACCCGAAUCCGGCUGUUAAAGUCUCCAGCGUGCGAUUACUACGAAUAUAUCUCGCCGAUUUCUAUGAAAAUAACAAGAACGCCACCACCAACCAGGCUGUUCUUGGAUCUUACGGUCUUCAAUUGCGAUCGCAAACAGUUGGACAGCUGACCCUCUACGCCGUUGGUGUCCUCAAUCCUGCUACUCUUAGAAGAUGGAUAAGGAGACUGCAAAAGAAAAACAGUUCCACGCAAUUUGGCGAUAUCGAUGGGAUAACUUCUACUGAAGACUCAGUAGAACUGGAAGAGGCUCUAGCCGCUGAAGUAAGCCGCGUGAUCCUGAUGCUGAGCAGAUUCUUGGAUGUCGGUUCAGCAGAUUCUGAAUCUUCUGACGAUGACGCGGACGACUCCGAAAACAGUGAAGAUGAGUGGGGUGGCAUCGACGAUAAGAAGAAAGAGAAGACGUAUACCAUCACGCUCCAUACAUUAUUUGUCUGGUUAUCUGAAAUCCUCGUUGAGGAGACCCGGCCUAAGGCUAGCGCCCUUGUACCUAAGGUUGCUGCUCUGGAUAUCAUAUCCAUCUUAACCUCAACCCUACCAGAGACAUCCCUGCGACCCUCGCUAAAUAUUCUCCUUACGCCAUUACACCAUCUGACAGAUCCCUCGAUCCCAACACCGUUCUCACUUAACGAGGUCUUUAAGACGCGGUACGAAGGGCUGAAGACGAAAGCAGGAGAAACCAUGGAAAUCCUACAGAAGAAGUUCGGUACCGCUGAAUACACGAAGGAACUGCUGGCAGUGAGAGACCGCGCUAAGAGCCGUCGCGAGGGCAGGUCGAAGAAGCGGAAGAUAGAGGCUGUUACACAACCGGAGCGCUUCGGCAAGUGGAAGAAGGGCCGUCUGGAGAAGAAGGUCAAGCGCAGGAAGGAGAAGGGACUGGAGAAUCGGAAUCGUCGAAGAGAAUAUUAGGGGUUGUUGUUAGUUGAUGUAGGAUCAAUCUUCUAUGAUAUAUGCUUUAGGGGCGUGGCUGGUGUUAGUUAUAUACAGGUAUGAUUAGAAUAGGAAAAUGGGAUAAUUUAAUUGAACA